AUGCAAUUCGUAGCUGAACUAGACUACCUGUCGGGUCCAUUCAUUGCAGAGGUGUGUACGUUUUAUGCUACUGUGGACAAAAUGGAGACUGUCAGUCUUGCAUGAUUGGAAUUUAAUAACUGUUUGAUAAGUCAAUAGAGGUCAAGAUGAUGGUUACAGUUGAAGGAAGCUAUAACUCUGGGUUGUCUCCAUUGUUGUCAACAUUAGAGGAUGAGACGUCCAUUAUUGAUGAUAGAGUUGAUGCCUAUCUAGCAUUGACCGAUCGACUUCGAGAUGAUGAACAUGAAAUUUUAUCCAAAGAGAUCUGCAGUAAAACAAGUAACUUAGUGUGUGUAUACGAGAGGGAUAUGUUGGAUGAUAACAAUGAGCUUUCCCAGGCUGCUUUGCAGUCAUUAGGAUUCUGUGUACACCAUCAAGACAUCUCAAAAUCAAUCUCUCAAAAAGACUCGUUGACCCUCGUGAAAGCUCUCUGUAACACAUUAUUGAAGACAACAGAUAAGAGUACAUGUACCCGGGCAUUGUGGUGUAUUGCUAAGCAGAACUUUCCACAUGAUAGCAUCAACAAUGAGCUUCAUGGUAUACUUUGUGCAGUAGAACAUGCCUUGGUAAAAGGUGGCUAUCAAUCAAUGUCUGUUGAGCAUGAAGCUAUAAAUGCUAUCAUAACGUUACUGGAACAGCUGCCAAAUAGCAUGAAACUGCAUGCCCUACGAUGGGGCAAUCUAGUUCUCCCACUACUCUUACACUCUGCACACAAAAUUAGAGAACGUGCCCUUCAUGCCAUGCGCCUGGGUUUUUCUGCAUUGAUGUCGCGUCAACAAGAGCUUGUCAAGACUUUAGUCUCCGAUAUCAAGAGUUUAUUUAGUCAAGAGAUGACAAAGUUGUUUGAAAACCAGCAAGAACUCCAUGUAUUGACUGUUUGGCAAUAUUUAAUCGAUUUACUAGGAAAGGCUUUACAUAAAGGAGGUAGUUUGAUUAACAGUUUGCUGACCAUUGUAGAGAGAGCAUUCAAAAGCUCUAUCGUACAAGUAAAGUGUGCUGCAUUUCAUGCCUGGCAACAUCUCAUUGAUAACUUUGCUCUUGAUAUGGAAGUACUAUGCAACCACAAAAGAAUGAAGUUACUGCUGCAGCCGUUUAAAGUCACAGUCUCUAAACAGGAGGCAGUUGCUGUUGCCAAGUUGGAUGCUUGGUGGCAUUUUGCACAGGUUUUUGAAAACAGGCUUGCUAUGACUUUUGACCAGAUAUGUGUUCCAUUGCUACAGUUCAGCUUAGGUUUGUCAUCUACCAAUAACAUCCAGUGUCCAAGUACACCAAUUGUGCACCAAGGAGCGGCUGGUAGACUGUCUACACCAACCCAACAGCGAAAUGGAGCUGUUAGCAGUCCAGGUACUCCUUACAUGAAUCUUGCAGCUACUAAUGGAUCUAUGAGUCCUGUUGUUACUGCCUGCAAUUCACUACAGAUGAAAGGUUGUGAAAUCCUCGCCCAUUUACUUAGAAAAACUGAUCUGCCGGCAGAUGUAGUCAAAAUGGAUUUUACACUUGGUCCUUUGAAGUAUCCCCUGAUUAAUUCUUCAUCAGUGUUCAUCAAAGUGAGUGUUGUUCUCAUCCAUGCUGUCAGAGAAACAAUGUGUUCCUAUGGGAACCAAAUACCAGAAACCCUUGUAACUUUUAUAUGGCAGUGCCUGUCUUCACACAUGAAGACAUUACUUGAUAUGGGAACCAAGAAAGAUACAGUAGAGAUUUUCACCCUCUAUUUAGCAAGUCUGCAAGCGAUCAUUAACUCGGAAAGAUUCACACCAACAUACAUACUGAAACUGAUUGAUAUUGUCAGCAAGCUGCCACAGAAGGCACUGAGUUCACCCGCAUAUCACGUCGGGAACGCUGAACUCAUGCAUGGCACACCAGCUCUGUUCUUGAUUCAACAGAUGUUCCAUUAUAGUUUCCUUGAGAAUAUAAUUUCUGAGAGCUAUUUUUGCAUCCUCGAACAUUUGGUAGAGCGUGGGAUGAGUAACCCGACAGCGGUUUUGGGGUUUGCUCAGUCUGUGCUGGAAUUGUUAAAUACAGUGACAGUGACCACUGAUAACUCUGAGACAAUAUGGAGAAUAUGGAGUAUUGUGGUUAAUCCAAUGUUGCAACAUGUUGUGGUGACUAAUGAAGUGAAUCAAGGUGAUUCGUUGGACCAUGACUUUAGUGCCAUGUACAUUGCACUUGUACUGCCAGUUAAGAAGUUAUUUAUAAGCAAUGUAACUCAGGGAACCAUGAAAACACUAUUGAAGACUUGGUCUGAUAUAUACAACACCUUCGCAAGAUGUUGUGCAUUGGUUGCGACAGCAGAUGCUAAUGUUUGCUGCCAAGAUCUUUGUACAAAAAUACUCCAACUUGUAGAUAUGAAGAUACUAAAGGACAUGAGGGUGGUUGAUGCUUUGGGUCACCUAUGUGGAAUCAUGUUGAGUAGUAUCGACUUCUCUUCUUACUCCUACCAGCAGUCAGCUAGCAGUAACAGAGCACCAUUCAAUCCUGGAAACCCAACAAAAAAACGUUACAAGCAUCUUGGAAAUAUAACUGCAUUUAUACAGUUAGUAAAGAACCUUCUUGCUGCCUUAAAUACAUACAGUACUUGCCAGGAUUCCGUCUCUCAGAAACAUUACAGUUCUGAUAUUCAAGCCUGGUCGUCAUCUAUCAAUGGUAUGACCAACUUGCUCUCCACCCUGUUUUCUCACAUCACCAUGGCAACCAUGAUUCAAAGUAUUCUUGAAGAGUUGUCUCAACCAAUUGCUGCUCUGUUUGUGGCUUCAUCAAAACCACAAACGCUAGGAGGCUUGUUUACACCUGCUAUUAAUCAAAAACUAGAAAAGCUUUGGGGCGACUUAUUAAUGUUGAUUGAAAGUCGCCACAAAGCUCCAUUCUCUACCCACUUUCUGAAAGUGAUGUCGCCAUUGCUGGAAGUUACUUUAAGUGAUUGUAAACGAUCUAUUAGGAAUCGUACAGUACAGUUUUGGAAUGCUACUUUUGCCUGUGCGGACACACUGUCUUACAGCGACUCGUUGAAGACAUGUCUGUUAAAAGUAAAAGAAACCACAGCAAUAAGUUUACCAGAUAUAGAUGAAGAGGAAGAUAAAGAAGAGAUGGAGGAGGAGGCAGAGGAGGAAGUUAUACAAAUAGUCGAAGAAACCCCCUAUAGUCUUGGAACAGAUACUGAACCAUCUCAAGUGGUUGUGUCUCGACCACAGCUGCAUUCAAUACUUCCCACCUUUGGUAGGGGAUCUCCGCAGAAGUUGGUCGGAAGUUUUUUGAAGAAGACUGCCUUGUCACCAGAUAGGGGUAGCAAACUAAAAAGGUCCCCACUAAGUAUUUCUAAAAGAUCACCUGGUAGUAUGAGUAAAGUGAAAGUUAGUGCCAGCAAAGCCAAAGUGGUUGUUGCUCCAUCCGGCGCACAUGCCAGGAGGAAAUUACCGUUAUCGAUUGAUGAAGACAGCCGGCAGGUAUUUGUGGCAAUAUCACCAUCCCCUAAACAUAAAAAGUUUGUACUGACUGAGCACCAGAAGGAAGUCUUGCGUAGCCGUAAAGUGGUCCCCACUAUGUAUAAUGAUUUAGAUGCAUCUUUGGAUACAAGUUACAUGGCUGAACUGUUGGCCAGUCAGACCCAAGAAUUUGAACCCUGUGAUGAUGAAGAAGUUGCGAGUACUCAAGCAAAACGUCCAAGAUUAGAUGAGGAAAACAUUGAUGUAAACAAGCUGGCAACUCAAUCUUUCCAGAAAGAGAAGAAUCGAGUGAGCUUUGCUGGACUACUGACUAAAAGUGGUUCAGAAUCUGCAUCUUCUGAUGUUGAGGAAAAAGAAAAAAAUGCAAGGAGAGUUAAACUUGUUAAAGUUACUGAUUCAAACACUGACAAUACCCGGAGCGUAUCCGGUAUUAAAGGAAUAAACACAGCUGUGAAACCCCUGAAAGGAAGUGAAAUUGAUCACAAACUAGUUGAAAUGACACAAAAACUAAAAGAAUCUCCCAAAAAGCAAACUGAGCAAACACUCUCCGAAGAAAAAGAAAGUGAGAAGAUUGGAGAUAAUAGUAAAAGGAAGGAAAUUUACAAUGAGGAAGAAAAUGUUUUGGAUUCUACAAAUGAGGACAUUAUUGCUGCAACGCCGCCUCCUACUGAGGCACAGACGAUCAGUGAUGCGAGACGACGAAGUCUUGGAUUCAGGGCCAGCCAUCCUGCUUCGGAUCCCGCCAUCAAGACCAGUAUUGCAAAGAAACGAAAGUUAGGUAAAGACACUUCUGUUGAAAAAUCUGACACCCAGGCAAAGUCUGUUCCCGAGACCCAAGAACUUCGAAACAGUGAAGUUGAUGAAACUGAAGUAAAAACAGUGCCAGACUCCCAAGUGAAAAGUGAGAACAUGCUUACUGCGACAUCUCUGCUUGUUGACAAACAAAAGUUGCUCACCACACCUGUGCUAAAACUGAAACGAUUGAGUCAGGAAGAAAUCAAAAAAUAUAGUCCUAAAAAAGCAAUACAAUCAGAAUCCAUUCCUAGUGAUAAACAAGCUGAAGACAAGGAAAAUUCGAUACCAGAUGCUUCCAGAGAGAUUGAACGAACAAAAAUGGAAGAUCCUUGUGGGGAUGUUGCACAAGAUGAACCAGAGUUGCAAAAAAGGUCAACUCCUAGGAGAAGUCUUCUUGGAUCUUCAGUACGAAGUCUGGAAAAUAAAGAUGACAUAGAAGGAGUCGUCCCUUUUCCUGAACAGCAAACUAGGAAGGAGGGAAUUCAGGUUGAAUCAGGGAAUGAAAUGCCAAUGGAUUUAGAAUGUGCUCAAAUUAAUUCCCAAGACUAUGUAGGAGAUGUGUCUUCACAGGAUUCUGAGCCUCUUGUUAACAUACAAAGGAAACGUAGAUCUAAAAAAUCAGAUAAAGUUAAUGUUGUGAUUUCUUCCGAGGACAGUCAAGAGGAUAUGACACCUCGAAGGAGUAGCAGACGAUCCACCAGUAGAAAGUCGUUGCCUACUGUCGAAGAGCAUUCUGAAACUGUUCCCUCCAGCUGGAAGGAGAGCUCAUCCAAUCAGAUACCAGAAAGGAGGAAAUCCAGAAGGCUGAGCCAAUAUUCAGAAGUUGAAAAAGACAAAGGUGUUUCGAGGUCAAACAAGGUUAUGAAAGGGCAUUCUUCACAAGAGCGCGAGAGUCAGUUCUCACAAAACGUAGAGGCAGAGCAGGUAGAUGAAAAAAGCAAAACCAUUUCAUCUGAAAAUGCUGAUGAAAUUUUAACUUUCGCAAGUCCUUCAGCAGAUGAAGAAGAAGAAACUGAAAUAUUUUUCCGUAUUGAUCCAGCAUCAUUAGAGGUGGAUAGUGAACUGUCAGACGUGGAAGUACUGCCAGUGGAAGACGUUGAUAAAUCGGAUAUACCUAAAACGCAAGAGUUGAAGAAACCAGACACUCCUCCAGAAUCGGAUUCUGAAGAAGCCACUGUUGAAAUUAGUAACAAGAAUAAAAACAAAAUGGCAGACAAGACUCCCACGAGAAAAUCAACUCGCAUAGUUGGAAAGAAGAAUAAGAGAAGUCCUCAACAAACCAUAGCCAAGAAGCUUCUGAAUAAAGUGAUGAAAUCGCCACGUGAAAAAUCAGCAACGAGACUGACCAACAAGAGAACAGUCGGUUCUUCUGUUACACGAGACUGA